GCUUUGGUCGAUACCUAUGGUAUCCCUCGUUAUCAGGAGUUCAAUGCUGGUGUUGUGAGUAUCAUCACAUUCCCCUUCAUGUUUGGUAUUAUGUACGGUGAUGUUGGUCAUGGUACUUUGAUCACAUGCUUUGCUCUCUGGGCCUUGUCCAAUGCUAAGAAGUGGAAGUACAGUGAUGAUGGGAUGCAGCAAGGUUUGGUCUAUGCUCGCUACUUGCUCUUGUUCAUGGGCCUCUUUGCCAUCUAUGCUGGUUGCAUGUAUAACGAUCUCCUCGGUGUUGGUAUUCACUGGUUCGGUACUGCUCGUUAUGAGGAUCCCGCUGAAUACGGUCAUGCUAGUAACUACGAAAUGAAGCCCAAGGCUUGGUUCGACACCCUCAACACUGGCGAGGGUAGCGGUCCUUAUCCCUUUGGUAUUGAUCCCUCGUGGCACGGCGCGACCAAUGAGCUUCUGUUCAUGAACUCUUUAAAGAUGAAGUUGUCCGUGUUGUUCGGUGUCUUCCAGAUGAUCUUUGGUGUUUGCAUCAAGUUCGGUAACGAUGCUUACAUGAGGGAGUGGAUUGACUUCAUCUUCGUUGCCAUCCCCCAGAUGGUCUUCCUGUUGGGCUUCUUUGGUUACAUGGACUGGAUGAUCAUGUAUAAGUGGGUUACCCCUGUUACCCAGGACCCUACCCUCAACGGUGCCCCCUCUCUGAUUAACACCUUGAUCUCGUUCGGUCUCGGCCAAGCUGAUAAGCAACCUCUGUUCCUCGCCCAGCCUGCCGUUCAAAAGUGGCUCAUGCUUGCUGUGGUGAUAUCGGUCCCUGUUAUGCUCUUACCUAAGCCGAUUAUUAUUCAAAUCCAGAGGUCUAUCAGAAAUAAGAAGAACAACCGUAACGCUGUUGCCAAUGACGAUGUAGAAGCGCAAGCCCUCAUCACGAAGGAGAAUGAGACUGAUGAGGAGCUUGAGGAAGAGGGUAUGGAUGAGGUCUGGAUCUACCAGAUGAUCGAGACCAUCGAAUACGUGCUUGGUUGCGUAUCCCAUACUGC